UCCUGUCACUGGCUUAUAUGGACACGUCAGCCCACCGUCACGUGACCGCAGGCUGCUAAAAACAGCUCCGGCACCCACUCCAAACCAGGGCCUGAAACAAUGUCCUCCACCGAGAGAAACGUAAAGGACACUUGAUCACACAAUCCCUGGAAUAGUAUCCAGGAAACACUUGCUGGAGCCACUCGCAGCACCCUUCCCUGGCAGCACACUUGGGGACAGCGAGGAGAUGAGCGCAUCUCUGAAUUACAAAUCUUUUUCCAAAGAGCAGCAGACCAUGGAUAACUUAGAGAAGCAACUCAUCUGUCCCAUCUGCUUAGAGAUGUUCACGAAACCUGUGGUCAUUCUCCCUUGUCAGCACAACCUGUGUAGGAAAUGUGCCAGUGAUAUUUUCCAGGCCUCUAACCCGUAUUUGCCCACAAGAGGAGGCACCACCAUGGCAUCAGGGGGCCGAUUCCGCUGCCCAUCCUGUAGACAUGAAGUGGUUUUGGAUAGACAUGGGGUAUAUGGACUUCAGAGGAACCUGCUGGUGGAAAAUAUCAUUGACAUCUACAAGCAGGAGUCCACCAGGCCAGAAAAGAAGUCGGACCAGCCCAUGUGCGAGGAGCAUGAAGAGGAGCGCAUCAACAUCUACUGUCUGAACUGCGAAGUACCCACCUGCUCUCUGUGCAAGGUGUUUGGUGCACACAAGGACUGCCAGGUGGCUCCCCUCACUCAUGUGUUCCAGAGACAGAAGUCUGAGCUCAGUGAUGGCAUCGCCAUCCUCGUGGGCAGCAACGAUCGAGUCCAGGGAGUGAUCAGCCAGCUGGAAGACACCUGCAAAACUAUCGAGGAAUGUUGCAGAAAACAGAAACAGGAGCUUUGUGAGAAGUUUGAUUACCUGUACGGCAUUUUGGAGGAGAGGAAGAAUGAAAUGACCCAAGUCAUUACCCGAACCCAAGAGGAGAAACUGGAACGUGUCCGUGCUCUGAUCAAAAAGUAUUCUGAUCAUUUGGAGAACGUCUCAAAGUUGGUUGAGUCAGGAAUUCAGUUUAUGGAUGAGCCAGAAAUGGCAGUGUUUCUGCAGAAUGCCAAAACCCUGCUACAAAAAAUCUCGGAAGCAUCAAAGGCAUUUCAGAUGGAGAAAAUAGAACAUGGCUAUGAGAACAUGAACCACUUCACAGUCAACCUCAAUAGGGAAGAAAAGAUAAUACGUGAAAUUGAUUUUUACAGAGAAGAUGAAGAUGAAGAAGAAGAAGGCAGAGAAGGAGAAAGAGAAGGAGAAGGAGAAGUGGGAGGAGAAGCAGUAGAAGUGGAAGAGGUAGAAAAUGUUCAAACAGAGUUUCCAGGAGAAGAUGAAAGCCCAGAAAAAGCUUCAGAGCUCUCUCAGGUGGAGCUGCAGGCUGCCCCUGGGGCACUUCCAGUUUCCUCUCCAGAGCCACCUCUAGCCCUGCCACCUGCUGCAGAUGCCCCUGUGACACAGGGGGAGGUUGUACCCAAUGGCUCUGAACAGACCACAGGGUCUGAAACUCCAGUCCCUGCAGCAGCGGAAACUGCGGAUCCCUUGUUUUACCCUAGUUGGUAUAAAGGCCAAACCCGGAAAGCCACCACCAACCCACCUUGCAUCCCAGGGAGCAAAGGUCUGGGGCAAAUAGGGCCUCCAGGUUCUGAGGAUUCGAAUGUACAGAAGGCAGAAGUGGCAGCAGUCGCAACGAGUGAGAGGGCAGCUGUGAGUGGUAAGGAAACUAGUGCACCUGCAGCUACUUCUCAGAUUGGAUUUGAGGCUCCUCCCCUCCAGGGACAGGCUGCAGCUCCAGCGAGUGGCAGUGGAGCUGAUUCUGAGCCAGCUCGCCAUAUCUUCUCCUUUUCCUGGUUGAACUCCCUAAAUGAAUGAUAUUCAUUCCAACUGCUGCCUCUCUGUCUGCCUGGCUGAGAUGCAUGUGGGCAGCAGGAAGCCCAAGUGAAAUUAAUAUUAUGCAGAUGAUGAAAGGGACCUCUGAACAGGAUUUCUGCAAACAUAACCCAAAACUGUAAUUCCAGAUGACUUAUCUAACAUCUUGGGAGGAAAGAAUAUUGUGAGAAAAUAGUUGCAGAAAGCACUGGAAAUAAUAAACUUGAUCUUACACAAAUCUUUUAUUGUGUGGAAAACAUUGUGAAGGGUGUGUAUGUGUGGUACAUGUGUAUGUCAGUAACAACUGGCAAAUGGUGAAAAAAGUGGUCACUAUGCUCUUGUCUCUCAUAGGCGCUUUUUGUUAUUAUAUUAUAGUAGCUCUCAUUUCCUUUCCUCUUUAACAGUGCAGGUGGUCAGUGAAAAUCAGUGUCAACUCAGAAGUGACUGAUUUAUCAAUACAUGGACAAAAAGUAAAUCAUUGACCAAAGCUAUGAAAUGUUUCACAAAGUUUUCCUCUUUUGCAUAACAGAUGUCACUGGAUGUACAUUCAGAAAUGUUCUUUGAAUUUGGUGACACUUUCAUGGUCCAGAAAGCUGAAGGCCUGGGCAUCUCUUGUGACAUUUUUCUAAUAUUAGUUUUAGAUUUUCACAUAUUAGGCACUUUAGUUGAAUCUUCCAGCAAAAGCUGUCUACUUUCUCUUGUAUUCACUGUGGCACCAAUCUGGUAAACUGUAGAACAAUUGCAUGUAUUUAAAUAUAUAUACAAACAUAUCACACAUUAAAUAUAUAUAUUUAAAUCAUGCUUUGUUAAUAUUUGUCCCACCGUAAUGCCUCCUUCAGAACAUAAGUGUAACUUUACUCUAUAUGAACUCUUAAAUAAAUGAUGUUUUUAAAA